UACAUACAACAUAUGUUUCGCUCCAUAAGACGAGAUGACCAGAGACUGCGGACACAGUACAGAUGGCAAGAGACUGUGGACACAGUACAGGAGAUGACCAGAGACUGCGGACACAGUACAGGAGAUGACCAGAGACUGCAGACAGUACAGGAGAUGACCAGAGACUGCGGACAUAGUACAGGAGAUGACCAGAGACUGCAGACAUAGUACAGGAGAUGACCAGAGACUGCGGACAUAGUACAGGAGAUGACCAGAGACUGCGGACACAGUACAG